GUGUCGUUUCUCGACUCCUUUUUCCCCGCGCUCGAUUUGGAAAUGUCCGGCAGAGGCAAGCAGGGCGGCAAGGCGCGAGCGAAAGCCAAGUCGCGCUCGUCGCGCGCGGGCCUGCAGUUUCCCGUGGGCCGCGUGCAUCGUCUACUGCGCAAGGGCAACUACUCGGAGCGUGUCGGGGCAGGCGCGCCCGUGUAUCUGGCGGCUGUGCUGGAAUACCUAACGGCCGAGAUCCUGGAGCUGGCGGGCAACGCGGCCCGCGACAACAAGAAGACGCGCAUCAUCCCGCGCCACCUGCAGCUGGCCAUCCGCAACGACGAGGAGCUCAACAAGCUGCUGGGCCGCGUGACCAUCGCGCAGGGCGGCGUCCUGCCUAACAUCCAAGCCGUGCUGCUGCCCAAGAAGACCGAGAGCCACCACAAGGCCAAGGGCAAGUGAGGCUGCGGAGGCGGCCGGUAACGGCCUUGUGCCCCGGGGGCCCCGUGACACCAAAGGCUCUUUUCAGAGCCACCCACAGUCUCAAGAAAAGAGCCGCACUGAGCACGCAGCUUUGCCUUGUCCUAGAGGUGCGUUCUCCCGGGAGC